AUGCCUCCAAAGGCCACCACCGCCGGAGCUACCGUCGGCUCUACCGUCCUGAGCAUGAAAGAGACCAAGAUGUUAGCCUCCGUCAUCCAUCUCCUCGGCGACGUACCAGAUAUCGAUUUCGGCGCUCUGGCUAUUAUGUGCGGCUACCAGCACAGCAAGAACGCUCGAACUAAAUGCAAAGCCCUCCUCGCCAAAAUCAAGUCCCUCGAUCCCCCCUCUGCUGCCACCGACGGCAAGCACCCCAACCCCAGCCCCAACCCCCAAACCGAAGGCGAGGUUUCCGACGGCGAAGAAGAAGACCUCGUCAUGGAAUCCAUCGAAAAAGACGACGAGCCUGCCAUCAAGAAGAAGAAGAAGGGCGCAGCCGCCAAACCAGCCGCCGCCAAGCCAGCAGCAGCAGCAGCAGCCGCCAACCAGCAAGCCCCUCGCAAGAUCGCACCUCUGAAGAAGAAGAAGGAGGAGGAGGAGGAGGAGGAAAAGGCCUCCUCGCCUCCCCCCUCCACCACCCCGAAGAAAGUAGGCAAGAAAGCAGGAGGAGGAGGAGGAGGUCCCGCUACUGCUGCUGCUAGAGGUACUGCUAAAGGUACUCCUCCCUCGAAGAAGAAGAAGCCUAUGAAGAGAUCACUUCCUGGAGACGACGACGACGACGACGAUCAUGCCAACGACGCCGCCGCCGCCGACAAAAACGUGAAAGAUCAACAACCCAUCAGCCUCAGCGACGCCUCCCGAGCAGGAAUAUAG